AUUAUGCUCUGAAAUUGGAAAUAAUGUCUAAUAUACAUCGAUUAUCUGAUUAUCAAAAUCGCGGAGACAUUAUUAAUUCAUCUCAGGGCCAAUCUGGAUUAACUUUGAGAUUUAUUGACUUAUUUUUUCCUGGUAUAACAUGGAAACAUACCAUUGUAUGGAUUAGUAUAAUACAAACUAUUAUUUAUAUUGCAACAUGUAUUGUAGGGUCUUGGGCAUUAUCUCCAUCUGUACCAACAUUAAUCAAAUUCCAAGCAAGUGUACCUAAACUUAUUAAGCAAGGACAAAUAUGGCGUCUUUUAAUUAGCUUGUUUCUACAUGCUUCUAUAUGGCAUAUCAUAUUUAACAUAUUUUUCCAGCUUAAAUUGGCUAUUUCGUGUGAAGAUAAAUAUGGCAGAAUUUUAUGUCCUUCAAUAUACUUUAUUACUGGAAUAAUUGGGAAUUUAUUUUCAGCUGCAAUUAGAAACAGUUGUAUUGUAGCCGUUGGUGCUUCUACAUCUGGAUUUGGAUUAAUUGGUACUCAACUAGCUGAACUAAUAUUAUUUUGGCAUAUUAUACAAAAUAAAGAAAGAGUAAUUCUUAAUAUAUUAUUAUUUGGUAUUCUUAUGGUACUUAUUACAUGGGGAAAUCCCACUUCUGCCGUUGACCAUUGGGGACAUACUGGAGGUUUCCUCACAGGACUUGCAAUGGGAGUUUUUGUAAAUUAUAAUUCUGAAUCAAAACCUAAAUGGUAUAGAAUUGCAUUUGCUAUUGCAGUAUCACUUAUUAUAGGGCUCUUAGUUGGUCCAAUUGUAAGAAUCUGGGCCUUUAAAAUGGCUUCUUGUUAUUUCGUAUUUGCUGUUUAGUUCUAUAUCUUAUAACAGAUCAUGAUAUAUUAAGUGCUGUUCUACUCAUUUUAAAUAUAUCAA